AUGAAAAAUUAUGUUAUUAAAAAUCUAGUUCGACUAUUGUUACUCCUGCUCGGUAGUUCCGUAGCAGGUUUUUUCAAACGUUUUCUAGGAUCAGAAGGAAGCGCUAUUCUGACCACUACGUGCGUUUCAUUCUUCGCACUGGUGGGCUUCCUAUUUUUAUUUCGAAUUUAUUACUUUCGUUUGAAAGGACCACUGAGGGAGAUUCUCAAUCUCUUCUUGGUCUUUUUCAUCGCCGUGGUAAUAUCUUUGAUACGGAUCAAAGUCAUCCACCUACUGGGUGGUCAGGCUUUGCCCCUGUUGGAGCCCAUUAUAUGGGCUGCAGUAGGAGGGGGAGCACUUCCUUCUACGGGCCCUAACGGGGCGGAGAGCUCAUCCACGUGGAAGGAGGAUCCGUUUGAACUUCGAGUUCUCGAGGAAUCAUUCUCGGACUCCCCCCCGGCAGGGGAGUCCCAGACGGAAGAGAGUGAACCCUCGGUAAAUCGGCGGGGUCCCGAGGAAGCUGGGCCUGCGCUUCCAGCUAAUCCAGUCCCUUCCGGGGGGGACGAAGCUGGGCCAUCUGUCCCCUAUCCCUACAGAAGGGAUGAAAUGAUUGGGGGGGAUAGCGUGGAGGCGAUAGAACGCCGCCUUCUGGCUCAAUUUGCUUAUCCCUCAUACGAGGACAUCCAAUUAGCCCACAUUCAAGCCGAAGACCUCUUCGAGGUCAAGGUAGAGAUUGUGAAGGUAAUGGCUGGCCUUGAUCCAACGGGGGAUUGGAUGGGGCGGGGAGCUCGGGCCCUCGACAAUCCCCGUACCGCCACGGGAGAGCACUCCUUGGAGCAGUUAUACCGCCUGUUAAGUGCUCUAAAUGAGCGCGGUAAAGAGGCCCCAGAAUUUAAGGAACUCAAAAAUAGAGUGUUCCUCAAGAAAGGCGGCCCUGGGGGGGACUCUAUCGCAUAA